AUGCGCAGUGUAAAAUAUUAGAUUUUGCACCAAAAUUAAAAGGAGUGGCUAUUUUUGGGAAAAAGUUUGGCACUGACAUUUGGCACAAUGCCACUGUUCUAUUCAUUUUUUAAAUCAUUGGUGGGGAAAGAAGUCAUUGUAGAACUAAAAAAUGAUUUGAGUAUUCAUGGGACACUGCAUUCAGUGGAUCAGUAUCUCAAUAUCAAACUGACUGAUAUUAGUAUCCCAGAUCCAGACAAGUAUCCGCACAUGCUCUCGGUCAAGAAUUGUUUUAUACGUGGGUCGGUGAUACGGUACGUCCAGUUGCCAGCCGAAGAGGUGGACACCGGACUAUUGCAAGACGCAACUCGUAAAGAGUUGGCACAAGGAAAACAGCAGCCGGCUGCUAGUGCAGGUAGUGCCGCCCCUGCAGUGACAACCACUUAAUAACUAGCAAUUAUGUAAUCAAUCUACAUUUAUCAUUAUUAUUAUAGCUGGUGAUUGUCAGUGAUUUUGUUUAAAAUUAUGCUUAUGUACAUAUAAAAAAUUUUAGGCUGUAAAGUCACUAAGUUAAAAUAGAAACAUUUUCUAUUAUUAUUGUUAUUAUUAUUAUUAGCAUAAAAUAGUUUCAAACGAUAAUAUAAA